AAAAAUUUAUUAAAAAGAGUAUUUUUAUUUCUGAAAUCUGUUGAUCACAUCAGAUUACAUAGACAUGAUGCAAAUUUAUAAUUAAUCUAAUCUUACUUCGUACUUCGACUUAAUGCUUAAUGCUCCUUGCAUGCUCCUGUGCAUUGCAUACAAUACAAACAUACAACCUAUAUGUAUUGUCACAUUAAUUUCAGCCCUGCGUGGUUGUUGAUUAGGUACGCCAAGUCGCCGCUAUGGCGCUGCAUAAUCAAGUUGUGAAAAAUUUGGAUAAUUUUUCAAUUUUUGGAUGAUUAAUAAGUAAAUCAACUUCAUUUUCGUCAAAACAAAAUAUGCACGCAACAUUAUAAAUAUAUACAACAUAACCGGAGACAGAGAUUAAAUAAAAGUUGCAAAAUCCUCUUGAUUAUUUCAUUUAUUUCAUUGUUGCAGAUUUUAUUAUUUUUUUUUUAGGUUGGCACCUCUUCCGAGGGAAAAGACAAAAGACUGUUGACCAACGACUUGCAAGAACGACGAAAAGGAAUAGGUUUUCGGCAGAUUCGUUUUAAGGUUUGUUUAGGAAUGCUAGCCGACCCUGACGAGUGACGAUUAUGUCCAAGUCCUGCAACAAGAGCCACGCACUGCUGCCUCAGUUGGACGAGUUGUGCGAGAGUCCCCGUCUUCUUGGUGUGGACCCCAUUGUGCGUUACUUCCCGCCCUUGAAGAUCAACGGACUCGCCGACGACAAGAACAGCAAACCGACCACACCGUAUUUUAACAAGAAUUUGUCUAAAAUGAAUGCCGAGUACGAGGACAGCGAUGAUGACGUCUGCUUCGGACCCAUCACCAUCAAAGAACUGCGAAAAGCGUCGGUUCUAAUGAGGACCAUGCGAGAAAGAGAAAGCGUUGCUCCAAAAACUUUUCUUGAGGCCUUAGAAGAACAAGGAGCCACUUCCAACACUGAGCUUUUGUCAGAUGAGACUGAAGCUGAGACAUCAGCACCGCCACCGAGUCCAGAAAAAGCCCAGCCAGAGCGAGAGUUGGUAGUGCAAGAGUUCAGCCUGGAGGAGUCUCACUUCUCAGGAUGCAAUCUGUCAGGACUAAACCUUAGCUUCGAGAGUGGCAUCACGGGACCUGCAGCUCCCGUUGAAACUAAAGAAGCUACUGGAACGAGCGAUGGUUUGUAUACUUUGGCCUUCAUAUCAGACCUGGCCAAGAAGCUGGACAUAAAAGAGGAGCCAGUCACUCCUGCUAAGGUUGCUGAACUGGUUAGACCCAUCUACAGUCCCAUUUCUCCAGCUGAUGGCGAGACCAGUCAGUACGAAGAUGCUGAGAUGGCCAAGGAACCUCUGGAGCACAGCACCAUUGCCCUGUGGCACGAUGCUGAAUCUGAAAGGAAAGACCAUCUGGACUUGGAUAGGAGUGCUAAGAAGAGAAUUUCGGACGUUUCUCUCUUGAGUAAUGAGACUGAGGUAUUGGAUACCACUACCGACGACAAGAAUGACACUGCUGAGCUUUUGAAUGAUACUAUUGAAGAAAUGGAAAAGUUAUUGAGCAUGGACGUUGAUUACUUUCAAAAACAGAAGGAGCAAGACGAUGUGGUUGAAAUCCAGAAGGAAGCAGAAGACAUGUCUGGAGAAAAUUCAAGUUUCUUUGCUCCUCGUCAGCCAAAGUUGCCUAUUCAGGAGAUGCUGGAGGAGUAUGCCAUUCCUCGAAGUCCUGUGCUCUCAGUGCAGCCAAAGCCUGCUAAGAAAUUUUUCCCCACCCCAAAUGCAUUUAAAACUCCUCAAGCCGCAAAGGCCCCCACAACUGACAGGUGUAACAGUGCUGGAUCCAACUCAAAGGUCGACCCUGCCCGCAAAGUGCACGUCAGCACUCCUUUCCGGGUGCCCAAAAGCAACGAGGCUAGGUCUGCCGACUUCAAGCUCAAACCUGGCUCUGACACCAAACCUAAGCUGCCUGCCAACUUCAUGCCAUACAAACUGCAGCAGCCUUUGUCUUCACGGCUGCCCAAACCGGUUCGAGCUUUCCAGAACAUCACCAGCCCAGUCGGCCAAUACAUUCACGGACCUGUGGUUGCUCCCAUGAUUGCCAACGCUAAGCCUACGAGCAGCCCAAGGGUUGUCGGAAAACUUUUUAAUGGUGGAACUCCCAACAAACUGACUCCUGCUAAAGCCGAGCUGGAAAAUUUGAACCCCAAUUCUGCUCUGCCUUUUGUGAACUAUGAUUCCUCUUCAUCGAUCAAAGUGGUGGAGCACAAAGAAGUGUCUCAGAAAGCCCUGCCAAACAAAAUCAAGAAGCUUCUUCCUUCUCCUGGCUCUGUUGUACUGAAGCAUACUGGACGUGUGAACAUACCAGAGACUCAGGAUGGCCGUCAUGAGGUUUCGAUUAUGGUCUCGCAAGAUGCAUUCCACACUAAUGACAUGUGAACCAUGGAAUGAAACCACCCCUUUCUCAAAUGCAUUCUUUGCUGUUAAUCCUGUUGAUUAAACUUGAAUAACAAAGUAUUUACAUUGUCAAUCCAAUUGCUCUAUAAACUGCACCAAAAUUAAGGGGAUUGAUACACAAAAUUAAAGGAGAAGGCUAUUUAUUUUCUAGUUUUUGAUAUUUUAACUGUACACUUCUCAUAUGAUCUGUAAGAUUCGUAUAACUUUCAUCUUUUGUAUUGCUGUAUCUCUUUUUAUACUAAUAUUAAAGUAUGUAGCUUAAUAUAAAGAGUAUUUUUCAUUCAACAAAA